CAGAGAUGACAGAAGAAAGAAACCAUGAGACACCUAGAGAUGAAUUAAAGAAGAUGCUUUGAGGUAUAACAGUACACAAACUUCACAAAAGAAAUGACUUCCUCAUUCCCAGCCAAUUCCUCCCUCGGCCCCUCAGAGCUCCAUUGUCCUCUCCUGCAGACGAUGAUCUCUCACCGGCUGAACAACGACAAUCAGGUCAACAUGGCGGCUGUGAUUGUCCACGGUGUGGUGGCCGCUCUGGGGAUCCUGGAAAACGGGCUGGUGCUGUGGGUGUUGGGCUGGCGUCUUCGGCGCAAGACAGUUGCCUCAGUGUGGGUUCUCAAUCUGGCUCUGUCGGAUUUCCUAACCACACUAACCCUGCCGCUAUUCACUUAUUACCUGCUAAACGGACACAGCUGGGAGUUGGGUGGGCCACUGUGUGCUGCCCAGGCAUCCAUUUUUUUCCUCAACAUGUUUGUUUCUGCCUUUCUCCUGGCUGCUAUAUCAUUAGACCGCUGUUUGUUGGUGACUAAGCCGGUGUGGACUCAAAACCAGCGGACAGUGUCGAUGGCGUGGAAGACCUGUGGUCUUGGAUGGAUAUGGGCUGCUUUUAACACAUUCCCGUAUUUCAUGUUUCGUUCUGUUGUGGUCAAACAAGAUGGACGCAAACUCUGCUACCACGAUUUUGCACUUUAUUCUUCCCCGAACACUUUGAACAUAGACUGUAAGGUUCGUCAAACGGCAACAGCCGUGUCUAAAGUGUUACUGGCGUUUGUGGUGCCCCUAGUGGUUAUCGCCGUUAGUUAUGCUUCAUUUGUUCUGGAGUUACAGGCUCGCAGAAAGAGGCUUGAAAGCAGGCUGAAAGUUGCGAGAAACGACAAACAGACGUCCUCAAAGUUCUUAAUCUCUCCGUCAAUAGGACAAAACGGCACUCGACUAUCACAAAGUUUUACAAAAAUGAUCUUUUCGGUGAUCGCAACAUUUGUCCUAUGCUGGGUGCCGUACCACGUCUUCUGUCUGCUUGAAGUGACGGCUCAGUACAAAACAGAGUUUGUGGACGUGGUGGAGGAGUACUUACCUUUCGUGACAACAUUUUCCUUCCUGAACUCUGUGUUGAAUCCCAUUAUCUACACUUUCAGCUGCCCGGAUUUCUGCACCAGGAUCCGUCAGAGUCUGGGGACUCUUUUCGAGGGGCUGGUGGAGGAAGCUGGACCUGGACGGAGGAGGAAAAGUGAUCUAUCAUCCCCCAUUUUUUUACUCAGAUCUCCCACUACUCCUAGAACCCAUUGUGCCCAGCUCAAAUCUAAGGGCUCCUUCGACCCCUUUGCCUUUAAAAGCCAUUCCAUAUAUGAGGGAACGAAGAACGGCAAAAUAUGACUUUAUAACAUAUCCUGGCAGUCAAGGUCAAAUUUAUUGUCUCCCUUAGGAGUGAUUUGCUGUUAGAAACAAUGGUCUGCUGUAAAUAGACACCCACAAGACAACAUAUAUGUAACGAAUAUGGCCGAUCAGACAUAUAAUUAUUUUGCUUUUAUUCAACAAAUAACACACCAUCAACUUUUCCUACCCAGAAAAAACUGGAUGGUCAGUGGUAAUCCGAUUCCAAAGUAUUUACAGGAAGGAAUGCUCAGAAAUUGACACACAGAGAACUUCUAUAAGCUCCUUGCUUAAGUCUUGCAACAAGUCUCUAGCAACAAGUCUCUAGCUCAUGUUUUAAUAUUAUGGUUUUAAUACUUCUGCAGUCAAUGUUUAACGCUACCACAGCUAAAUAAGAUCAUAGAUGGUUCAUGUUUGAUGUCCCUGCAAAGCUAAUAUGGCGUACUGAACGAUUGUUUACAUUUUAUGUUAAUAUGUGUGCAACAUAUCAACAUUAUAAAACACUUUGAACAUUUCUGCAUCAGUUUACACCCAGAAUGCCUAUGCAAAUCACUACGCUUUGGAACAAAGACUAUAAAACGUGCCUUGGAGGAGUUAACUUCUUAUUGGUCAACUCAGCUCCUGAGGGUGAGUACAAAACCACCCUUAUAAAAGCUGGUAGCCUAAAGCAGGCACCGGAAGUGCCGCUCGGUGCCACGACACUGACCGCACAUGACAGUUAAAAGUAACACACACCAGAUGCGGACAUUCGCAUGAUAUUUAACAUGAAACUAAUGAGAUGGCACUCUGUGGCGCGGCAGAGAAAUAAACAGUGUCCUGAGUCGACUUGCGGCGCCUGUGUGUGUACCCUGAUAGAAACCUAUGUUUAGAAUUCUGGAAUGUAUGGUGCUGUGUGCGCCACCGAGCCAUCGAGCACCGAGCGGCGCUUCUGAUGUGCCACCUGCCCAGAACAGAACCAAGACGAGAACUGACACAGACCCCAGGAGAGAGAGUUGUUCCGUUCCAGCUCCGGACAGCUUCUCUUCGGAUUCAGUGAAGAGACUUGAACCCUGGCAAGAAUGGGUUAACCGCACAGCUCAGACAUUCGCAUCUCCGAUACCUUUCUUUCGUUCUUUCUUUUCCGUCGAGAGUCUAGUAUGCUGUCAAACCAGAAGUCGACAUGACAAGUCCUUUUUGCCGCCUCAAAAACUUGAAACGACAGACUCCAAGCCUCAUGAGGACAAAGAGCUGACCACCAGCUAAACACAAGUGAAUAUUAGCUCAACAGAGGAAGAUCUUCACAUCACACAAGGCAGGCAAAUAACGCCUUCAGAUUAUCACUGAACUGGUGUAAAUUAGAUGUAACCCUAAAGAAAGCACUGAAGGGUUAAAUUGAUUAUUUUUGGUUCGCUUGGUUUGGUCUUUGGUCCAAAUCCUAAAAUACUUCCUAAUAUAAAUAAUUAUAUAAAUAUAAAUAAUUUCAUUAAAACAGUAAAAUAAAAAAAAUACAAUGUGAACAGUGUUAUGCCAACUAAUGCAGUUAUAUUAUUCUUUUAACCAACCUACCACAUUUUACCUGCAUAAUGAGACCCAUUAUUGGUACUGUUAUUGCAACACAAUCUCACGCCAAUUCGUAACUUUUUCAUUGAAUACAAUCUCAUUUGUACAAUUUAGUAUGAUUUGCUCAUCCCCCAAUGACUAUUGGGUUUAGGGCCAGGUGCCACGCCUCCUUUUUAAGUGAAGUUUAUUCAUAAACAAAUUUUGAGAGAAUCACAUGCUUAUGAUUGACCACAGCUGGUCCUGCAUUAGCAACGCAGAAUUCACCAAUCAGAUGAUUCCUUACUCACUAUAAAUAAUCAGUUUCUUACCUUAGUUAUCUUCAUCUUGAAGAAUGCCCCUUCCACCCCUACUCCUCCCUCCUUUCCUCGACAGGGUACCUCACUACAAGAAUGUCAUUGUUUCAAAUUCUUACUUGGACAGUAGAUGUUUCUGUGCGGAGUUUACAUGUUCUUCUCGUGCUCGCAUGGGUUUUCCCUGAGUUCCAAAGUCCAAUAACAUGGUUAGGUAAAUUGACCAAACCAAACUGCCACCACUGAUGAGCUCUUUAUUAGCUCUCAAUUCCUAAUUGCCAUUAGCCAUAUAAUAAGCAGGGGAGUUCUCGAGACCUAACUGAGCUCAAACUCCCCUCUCGCCUUACAAACGGAAGGAAGCCCCGGACUCGAGGAUCUUAAGAGCUCAGGGCUUGCUCCCAGGUCAGCAUGCCAAACACGCUUUAUAAUCGAUCAUCAGCUAAGUGUGAACUCUUGAAAAUCGUACAUUUUUGUAUGACUGAACUCAUACAAAUCAGCCACUAAACUGACCAAACGUAAAAUACUUACAAUUCCUUGUGAGAUCAGGCUGGCAUUGCAAUGGUAUUUUUGAGUGGACUGCGGUCUACCAAACAGAGGUCGCAAUCAUAGGCUGGCCUUAUAAGCCUUUAUCUUUUUCUGUGUACGUUCAAUUUAAGCCACAGUCAUGCUGGAUUACCUCUGAGGUUGUGAUUUUGAGAAUAUUAAAUGAGUAUGUGCUUUCCACUGCUGAAAACAAAUGAACUAAAAACUAAAACCUUUUGAUCACAAAGCAACAAGGCCCAUAUUUCUGUCUCAGUUUUUCCACAUUGCGCAGAUUACAGGCUACUGAAACACACCCACAGACAAAAAAGAUGUCAAAUUUUAAACUAUUGGCCAUUCACACAUGUGGAGGACUUGACUGAGAUUUCAGUUAAAUACAAAAACAAUUAAAUACACAAUUUGUAUUUCAGUUAAAUACAAAUUAACAUCAAAUUUUGUGUUUUGGGCUGAGCUUUUAACUAGAAAGAAUCGUUUGACUACAAAACACUACAAUAUGUGAAGAAAACACCAUAGUGUUACAUUUUUAGAACCCAAUGAAGUUUUGUUUUGUUUUAAUAAACUGCUUUGCCUUUUUUAUGUCCUUCUUACCAUAUUUAGACUUCUAUAGUUUGGUUCUUUUCAAUACAGGUAAAGUGGAUGGUUACAAAGGACUGAUAAUCUGUAAAAAGAAAAAGAAAAACGUGAUAAAUUUGUUGUCAACAGAAAUUAGAUCAUGCUACUUGCAUGCUAUAUCUUUAGAUGGCCAUGGUGAACCACAGAAAUGUGAUGGCUGAUUAUGCUUCUUCCUACUUUUUUUGGACAUGCAAGUUAAAACUGUUUUGUAUAAUGUUGUAUUGUUUUUGUUGUGUUUAUU